AUGUCAGAAGCAUUCUUCAUUAAACAUAGAGCCGGGCUUGGGUUCGUGCUGAUCGAUGAGGAAGCUCCGGUUCUGUUUGGUGCUACCGGUAUUCGUGACAUAGCUUCUCCUCUUCAUGCAGAAGCUGAAGGAUUGAUGUGGGCUAUGCAGGAACUGCUGAAAACAGGACACAGAGAGGUGAGGUUCGAGUCUGACUGCGAACAACUGAUCAAGCUGCUAGAGAAGGAAGAGGACUGGCCUGCAAUGGCACCGGAGUUAGAUGAAAUAAAAGCCCUAUCAUCAGAUUUUACAGAAUUCUCUAUAUCUCAUAUUCCAAGAUCGAUGAAUGUCCGUGCCGACACCCUCGCUAAAGGUGGAAGAUCACGCGUAUUUGGAUCUCCUUUUGUCAACUGCUUUGCACCGAAUUGGCUAGUUCAAACUGGCCAAGGGGCUGCUAGGUAG